ACACACCAGCACUACUUUUACGUUAUAGGAAGAGAGAGAAAAAGAAUGAGAGUUUUGACUCUAGUUUCGUUCACCUUGGCAUCUACAGUAGGUGCCUUGGCUGAUAUUGCUUCAAUCAUCAGCCGAGACCUCUUCAAUGAGAUGCUCAAGCAUCGCAAUGAUACUAAUUGCCCUGCCAUGGGGUUCUACACCUAUGAUGCUUUCAUUGCCGCUGCCAACUCCUUUGGUGCUUUUGGUACCACCGGUGACAUUGACACUAAGAAAAGAGAGAUCGCCGCCUUCUUAGCUCAAACUUCUCAUGAAACUACAGGUGGGUGGGCUACUGCCCCGAAUGGUCCAUAUGCUUGGGGCUAUUGCUACGUUAAGGAGCAAUGUAACCCUGAAGAUUAUUGUGUUCAAAGUCAACAGUGACCUUGUGUUCCUGGUAAAAAGUAUUAUGGUCGAAGUCCCAUCCAGAUUUCAUAGUUAAGUAUAUAUUACUCUCUCCAUUUCAAACGUUGUCUAAUUAAUUUAGACUAUAUAAUUUAAAUUAUUAAAUAAAAAUAAAUUUUUUAA